AUGACGAUUGUGUGCCACCAGGGCCCGGUGCUAGCAGGUAGCGCCACUUUGGCUACCUUGGGGUCCUUGAUCCUGUAUUCAGGGACACCUGGCAGGUAUGGGAAACACAGCCAGAGUGCAUCGUCGGGAGUUUCACUCCUGCCUGCACGAAUCGCCUGGUUCCUGCAGGAGCUUCCCUCCUUCGUGGUGUCAGUAGGGAUGCUCGCUUGGCAGCCCCGCUCCCUCUUCGGACAGCCCGGGAAUGUGCUGCUGGGUCUCUUCUCCGCACAUUACUUCCACAGGACAUUUAUUUAUUCCUUGCUCACCAGAGGAAGACCUUACCCAGUGAUUCUCUUUCUGAGAGCGAUUGCCUUCUGCAUAGGAAACGGAUUUCUUCAAGCGCACUAUCUGAUUUACUGCGCAGAAUACCCUGAGGAGUGGUACACAGAUGUACGGUUUAGCUUGGGUGUCUUCCUAUUUGUUUUGGGAAUGGGGAUCAACAUCCACAGUGACUACCUGCUGCGCCAGCUUAGGAAGCCUGGAGAAAUCAUCUAUAAGAUUCCACAAGGUGGCUUGUUUACGUAUGUUUCGGGAGCCAAUUUCCUGGGUGAGAUCAUUGAAUGGAUGGGCUAUGCCUUGGCCACGUGGUCCAUUCCAGCCCUUGCAUUUGCAUUUUUCUCACUUUGUUUCCUUGGGAUGCAAGCUUUUUACCACCACAGGUUCUACCUCAAGACGUUUGAGGAUUACCCCAAAUCUAGGAAAGCCCUCAUUCCAUUCAUCUUUUAA